AUGUCUGCUUCAGAGUACAAAAUGAAGUUAAGUUUGUGUCUUGUUCCGUUAUUGUUUUUCAUUACCGUUCAGGCCAAAUCCAACGCUCGCCCCACUGUUCAUACAGCUUUAGGUGCAAUCGAAGGCACUGUUCUUCAAUCCCGGUUGGGCAAGACAUUCUUGGCCUUUCGCGCCUUUCGAUUCCGUGCACCUGUGCCGCUGACAGAACCCUGGAACAGCACAUAUGAUGCUACCGAAGAUGGUCCAAUGUGUCCGCAACCGUAUAUCAAUUCAACCUACAAAAUGUCAGAAGAUUGCCUACGGCUAAACGUGUACACAUCGGUGAUUCCCAAUGAACUGACACGAAUUAUACCACGAGAAGUCCUGGUCUACUUGCAUCCCGGAGGAUUUUACGUGCUUUCCGGUCAGUCAAACACUUUUGCCGGCCCACAUGCAAUCAUGGAUCACCCAAUAGUAUUUGUGACGAUCAAUUAUCGCCUAGGAUCGCUCGGAUUCAUGAGCACUGGGACUUCCGACUGUCCUGGAAAUGCGGGUUUGAAGGAUCAAGUGAUGGCCCUAAGGUGGAUCAAGGAAAACAUUGCCAACUUUGGUGGUAAACCGGACUCGGUCACACUGAUGGGAUACAGUGCUGGGGCCAUGAGCACAGCGUUACAUUUGAUCUCACCAAUGUCCCAAGGAUUAUUUCAUCGUGCUAUCGUCAUGAGCGCGGCACCAACGGCCCAAUGGGAAGUACCGGAGCAUCAGCUUGAUCUGGCCCAUAAACAAGCUAUCCUGCUCGGAUGUGACAUCAACUCAAUACCUAAAAUGAUCGAUUGCCUUCGCCAAAAAUCGGCUAACGAUUUUGCUAACAGUUUGGAAUCAAUGUUUGUAGUUUCUUGGAACCCCGUACUCCUAUGGAAGCCCAUUGUAGAACCGGAUUUCGGCCAGGAACGGUUUCUUGAUCGAAAUCCAACGGAAGCAUUCCGAAACGGCGAUUUUAUGAGGGUUCCAUUGAUUGCCGGUAUCACGAAAGAUGAGUUUGCUCAGCCGGCUGUUACAUUCCUGCGUAACGACACUUUACGCCGAGAACUGGAUGAAAGCUUUGAAACUCUUGCACCCAUACUGUUUCUUUUCGAGCGACACACACCUGAAAGUCGAACUAAAAGCCGUUUACUUCGUGAGCAAUUUUUGGGUGAUCGUCCGUUGACUUUGAACGGUUCCCUAGAGGAUGGGCUGAUCGGGUUCGGUAUGCACCGGUUCGUCGCGCUGGCGUCAAAAUACACAACGGUAUACCAAUAUAAAUUUUCGUACGUUGGAAGAUACAGCCACUUGUACUAUCCCGAGCCGGAUAAACCGUACGGAGCGGUUCACCACGAUGAUUUGCUCUAUCUCCUAACCGGACCGUUUAUUGCUCCAAUGUUCAAUGCUACAGACCCUGAAAACGAAACCGUCGUCAGGAUGACCUCAAUGUGGACAAGUUUUGCAAUUCAUGGCAAUCCAAACCGUGCAAAUCUACCAGGAUUGAACUGGGUACCUGUUACGUGCAAGAGCGAUAACUAUCUGGAAAUUGGAGAACAGCUAGAAAACAAACAAGGACUGUUUACGGACCGAUUUUCCUUCUGGGAGGAACUAUUUCCCUUAAAUUAGCAAUAAACUUAUAAGAAUAAUAUUAAUAAAUCACAUGA